GCCAUGUUUUUUAAGGGAAGGGCACCCGAAGAAAGCUGACAACUCUUCCUCCGCCUGAUGCUCUCCUCCUGAACGGGUCUUAAGUUAUGGCGGCCUCGGCGCCGACGCCGCCCGCGACUGGAUUUCCAGCUGAGGGUAGAUGCAGUUACUACGUGGAAAAGAAGAAGCGGUUCUGCAGGAUGGUGGUGGCUGCAGGGAAAAGGUUCUGUGGUGAACACGCUGGAGCCGCGGAGGAAGAAGAUGCUCGCAAAAGAAUCCUGUGUCCUUUAGAUCCAAAACAUACAGUAUAUGAAGAUCAACUAGCAAAGCAUUUGAAAAAAUGUAACUCAAGAGAGAAGCCAAAACCUGAUUUCUUUAUUCAAGAUAUUAACGCAGGCUUAAAAGACGAAGUGGAAAUACCUGAACAAUUGGUUCCAAUUUCUUCUCUAUCUGAAGAGCAGUUGGAAAACUUAAUUAAGAAAUUGAGAAAAGCAAGCAAAGGUUUGAAUUCUACUCUUAAACAUCACAUUAUGUCCCAUCCAGCUUUACACGAUGCCCUUAAUGAUCCUAAAAAUGGUGAUUCUGCAACCAAGCACCUGAAACAGCAGGCUUCUAUUUUAGGUAACAUUGAAAAAUUAAAGCUACUUGGUCCAAGAAGAUGCUUCAUUGAGUUUGGAGCAGGAAAGGGAAAAUUGUCUCACUGGGUUGAUGUUGCCUUAAAAGAUGCUGAAAAAGUUCACUUCAUCUUAGUAGAAAAGGUGACCACAAGAUUCAAGGUAGAUGGUAAACACAGGAAGAAAAAUUCAGUGUUUGAAAGACUUCAAAUUGAUAUUCAACACUUGUGUUUGAACAAGAUUCCUGUGCUAAAAGAAAGAAAACUACCUGUGGUAGGAAUUGGAAAGCAUCUGUGUGGUGUGGCGACAGAUCUUGCAUUACGAUGUUUGGUUGAAACCUAUGCUGCCAGUUGUGAGGAAAGAAAUGAAGAACCUUUAGCCAAACGCGUAAAGAAUGAUAAAACAGAAAAAGAAAUUAACACUUUGGCCAAGGAAGGAAAUGAAAAAAAUGUCCCAGAGAAGUGGACCCCUGUGGCUGGCAUUGUUAUUGCACUCUGUUGUCACCACAGGUGUGAUUGGAGACAUUAUGUGGGCAAAGAGUAUUUCAGGGCUCUGGGCCUCGGAGCAGUGGAAUUCCACUAUUUCCAGCGCAUGAGUAGUUGGGCGACUUGUGGGAUGCGGAAAACAGCUCUGGAAGCCUCAGAUAGAACCAUGAAGAGGAAAGAUAGUCAGAACGAUGACCAUGAAGAACAUGAUGAUGGAGGAUACGGAAUCACAGAUGACAGCACUGACAGUUUGCCCGGGCUUCUUACUGUUGAAGAAAAGAAGAAAAUAGGGCAUCUUUGUAAAUUGCUCAUUGACCAAGGUCGAGUCCAGUAUUUGCAGCAGAAGGGAUUCAGUCCUGCCUUACAGUACUAUACAGACCCUCUGGUGUCUUUGGAAAAUGUAUUGCUUACUGCUUUACCAAAUCGUUCUUCACCUCCAGAAGCAACUGCUUAAUGGAAAAGAAAUUUGAAUGAUAUCUGUCUUCCACCAAAAAAAGAAGUUUUUAAUUAUAUUUUUAUAUUCACAAAAAUAUAAUUUAAAUAGCAGACUAUAUGAACGUUAAAAAAUGCUGUGGCCUCGUUAAACUUUUGGUAAUAGCUUUGUUUUUUACUUCAGAGGUCCAAACAUGAGAGAAUUCACCAAAUUCCCAAAGUAAUCCUCUUCAGCAGGGCAUCUUGAAUUAUAUUAUCCAUCAAUGUUUACAGAGAUUGGUAAAGUAGUUGAACAGUUGACUUGGUGAUCUGAAACACACAUAAUACAUCAACAUCAUAUUAAGUUUCUAUUUGUAUUAAUUAUGGAAAUUCAUUUUCUUUUGAUACUGUUCAGUAUUUUUUAUUUAUCAAGUUCAAAACGUGAUGAUUAAUUGUCAGUUUGUAACAAGGGCUAAUUGGAGAAUUUGGCUUAUGUGUGGAUUUUUUUCCCAUGCAGAUCUGGCAAGGACAGUUGUAAUAUACUCACAUGCAAACAAAUUCAGAGAUGUUCACAGUCCUUGAAAUCACCUUAAGGUUUCAAGAGCCAUACCUGUUUUAAUAUCAGAAUUUGUCCGUGACAAACACCAAAAUUGAGGAGAUGUUUUCAAAGAAAAAGAUUAUUUCACUUUUCACUUCAUUUUUUUGUUGGAUAAUUAUCUAGUUAGAACUUACAAAAAGAUACUUGUAAGCAUAAUUCACAAAUUAAGUUUGAAAUUUACAAAUAACUUUGAAAUUAAUUAUAUCUUUUAUCAGGUCAUCUUUUACAUAUAAGUACGAACAGCUUAUAUGUAAAGAGUAUUUCAGGGCUCUGGGCCUCGGAGCAGUGGAAUACGCCUUCAUACUUACGGCUUGGGAAAAUGUUAUGGAAUCAAGUGGAAAUUAGAUAAUGAAACCAAAAUUUUCUCACAUUUAGGCCUUAUUUAACUCAUGAGUGAUUUCUAUGCACAAGCAAAUAUUAAACCAAACACACAGUAGGACUGUUAUUCUCUUCCAUGUCUUAUCCGUGAUUUUUUCUGCCUGUAUUUGUAAAAAUUGUCUUAAUUGUUGAUACAUUUUCCAAAACAGAGAUCCAGAAUUACUGAUUUUAGAUAUUAUAAUGAUAAGUGCAGAUUACGUGCAUUGUUACAUAAGAGACUUGCCCAUUUUUCAUUCCUGACUUCAGUUUGAUCUCAUUACGUUUUGUCAAAUCGUCUAGGUCCAGAUUCCCACACUACUGCUGCUCAGUUAUGUGUCCGGAGGCAUGCUACUUAGUCUCUUUGUGCCUCAGUUUCCUCCUCUUGAAACGGGAGUGAGGGUAACAAUAACGCCUACCUCACAGCUGUUGUGAGCAUCAAAUGAGGUAACAUGAGUAAAAUGCACAGAGGAAGUAGUCAAUAAACAUUAGCUAGUCAUAGCAGUGGUAGGAAUUAAUGAAUCUAUUUUUAAUAUCAUAAGCAAGCUUUGAUUUUAUUAUCUCUUUAAGUUUGUUAAUGUUUUUGUCUCGUUACAAGUUUUAUGUCAAAUACUAUUAAGGUAGUUUUAUUACUUUUUUAAGUUAAUUACUUAUACCCCCCAAUCAAGAGAAUGUAAACGAAGAUAAUACAUCAUUCAAUAAUUAACCUUAUUUAUUUUGUCAGGCAAUGCUAUAAUAACGAUUUGUGUUAUAAAAUUUGUUUUGCAUCAUUCAACAAUUUGUGCCCAUAAAUAAAGUAUAUUCUACAACAGGA